UCAGCUGGUAUUUGCAUCGUGCCAGUUUAUACGUUUGAUCUGUGUAAAACUGUUGAGCCAAAAUGAUCAGAAAAGUUUUUAUAAUUGUGUCUUUAUUUAUAUAUCACUGUAAUGUCUUGUUUUGGGUGAUGUUCUUGUUUUCAUGUUCAUGUUUAUGAUUUCAUGUCUUUUAUUUUGUAGUUUGGUUCAUGUUGCUUGUUUGUGUCAUGCUUCCCUUGCUCCUCAUGUUCUCCCUUAGUCUAUGUCUAUGUUAGUCUUAGUCUUAGUAUUUAAAGCCAUUGUCUUCCCCAUGUUACUUUGUCGUGUAUUGUUAUUGUAACCCUGCUGUCGGUGAGUCUUAUUGUCAAGUCUGUUCAAGUCCAAGUCUGUUCAAGUUCAUGUCAACUAGUUGCUUUGUUUGUUCACUUUGAUACAAUAAACUGCACUUGGGUUCAUCAUCUCGCCUUCAGUUUGGACCGGAUCGUUACAGAAUACACGACCUGCAACAAUGAACCCAGCAGUUUCUCGCCUCUUGCUACUUCGUCAAGGCAACAGGAUGAUAGAGGACUAUGUGGAGGAGUUCUGUGCACUUUGCCACCAGGUGAAUUUUAAUGAUGUGGCGCUAAAGGAUUUUUAGGAUGGGACUAAAUGAACUGAUUCGUUUUAUGUUGCCUGGGGGGAAAAUUCACUGGUCCUUGGAGGAAUACCUUGACCAUGCCCUGUUGUUGAGUGGUUCUCCAUUUACUGUGGGUUUUGAGGAUGAGCUCAGCAGUUCCACAGUACCCACCAAACCAGAGAGCAUCCACAUCCCGACUGUCAUGUCUGGAGUUGUGCACGUCCAGCCACAGUCUGUUCGCAUUAUGCCUGCUCAACAACAGUUUGUUCACAUCAGUCCUACCCAGCCUCAGUCUGUUCACGUGAUGUCUUCCAAGCCACAGACUGUUCACGUCCUGCCUGCCCAGCCACAGACUGUUCACGCCAUGCCUUCUAUGCCAAGGCCUGUUCACGCCAUGCCUGCCACGCCAAGGCCUGUUCACACCAUGCCUGCUCACGCCAUGCCUACCACGCCAGGGCCUGUUCACAACAUGGCCUCCACUCCAGAGUCUCGCUCCAAGAUGGCCGCCACUCCAGAGCCAGAGCCUCGUCACGCCACGGCUGCCACGCCAGAGCCUCGUCACGCCACACCUGCCAUGCUAGAGCCUUGUCACGCCAAGGCUGCCACGCCAGAGCUCCCUCACAUCAGGUUUGCCCAAGUUUCCCCUAAAGAUUUUUUUUGGGGGGGCUAUAGGUACCAAGCUCCUGCGGCUGCGGAGCUUGGUCCAACACUGCACCACGGCCCAGGUCCUCCAGUGCACCAGGACCCCAUGCACCAUGGUCCUAGUCUGCCCAUGCUCCAUGGACCAGGUCCACCCACGCUCCACGGCCCAGGUCCGCCCACGCUCCACGGCCCAGGUCCGCCCAUGCUCCACGGCCCAAGCCUGCCAUUGUCAUGUCCUGUCCCCCUGCAUGGGCCUGGUCCUCCAUCCCUCCCCCAAGACCGCCUCCCCUCCACCACUCUCCUGGACUUAAUGCCUUAUUUUGGUUAUGUUGGGCGUCGGGAGCCGCCCUUAGAGGGGGGGAUUCUGUAAUGUCUUGUUUUGGGUGAUGUUCUUGCUUUCAUGUUAAUGUUUAUGAUUUCAUGUCUUUUAUUUUGUAGUUUGGUUCAUGUUGCUUGUUUGUGUCAUGCUUCCCUUGCUCCUCAUGUUCUCCCUUAGUCUAUGUGUCAUGUUCUCAUUGGUUGUUUAUGGUCAUGUCGUUUUCAGUUCUGUUCAAGUCAAGUCUGUUCAAGUCUAGACUGGUCAAGUCUAGUCUAGUCUGGUCAAGUCUAGUCUGUUCAAGUCAAGUCUGUUCAAGUUCAUGUCAACUGGUUGCUUUGUUUGUUCACUUUGAUACAAUAAACUGCACUUGGGUUCAUCA